AUGUUUACUGAAAACAGAAUCUCUGAAAGUUUCCUACUACUUUGUCAGAGAGAAGCAUUUGGCCUUCAGAAGCAUUUGAUGCGGCCAUACAGUGGAACACAUUCAACACUAGAAAAGAGGAUAUUCAAUUAUCGUUUGUGUAGAGCUCGGCGUCAUGUCGAGUGUGCUUUUGGAAUAUUGAGCAACACAUGGCGUGUCUUCCACAGGCCUAUAAAUGAAUAUCCUGAUUUUGCAGUUGACAUUAUCAAAAUGUACGUUGUUCUUCACAAUUUUGUUUGUGAUCAGGAUGAGUGUUUGCCAGAAGAUACUAUAACAAUCACUGGACUGGAAAAUUUAACUGGAGAGCCCACAGUACAAGAUGAGCUUCAAGCUAACAAUGUUCAAAAUAUAUUAAUAAAAUAUCUUGUGUCAACUAUUGGGACUGUUCCCUGGCAAAUGGGUAAGAUAUGA